GAUCAGUCCACGGCCCCGGCCCUGCCCGCGGCUCCGCCAUCCUCCGCCCCAGCCGCAGGCACCAUGCUGCCCAGCUCCAUUCAGAUAUCGGGGGAGCCCCUGUCGGGAGCCGAGGUGCGGGACAUCUGCCGCGGCCUGCGCGACAACGCUGUGCGCCUCCUCUCGCUGCGCGGCUGCCGCCUCUGUGACCGCGACUUCGGCCGCAUCUGCCGGGCCCUGGCCGGAGCGUCGUCCCUGGCGCAGCUCAACCUUAACCUGGGCGUCGUGUCCAGCCCCGGCCGCAUCAAGCAGCUGGCAGAGGCGCUGCGGACCAACCGCUCCAUCCAGUCCCUCUUCCUGCAUGGGAGCCCCUUGACAGACGCUGGGCUGGCCCUGCUGAACCCAGCCCUGGCCCUCCACCCUGCCCUCGUGGCUCUGGACCUGGGGGACUGCAUGCUGGGUGACGAAGCUAUCAACCUCAUCUGUGGCCUCCUCCCCCCGGAUGGGGCCAAGUCUGGCUUGAAGGAGCUGACGCUGAGUGCCAACCCCGGCAUCACUCCUAAGGGCUGGAGCCGCCUUGCCAUUGCCGUAGCCCACAGCUCCCAGGUUCGAGUCCUCAACCUGGACUACAACCCCCUGGGUGACCAUGUAGCCGGGAUGCUGGCUGUAGCUGUGGCAUCCAGCCGUACCCUGGAGGUCCUAGACUUGGAAGGCACGGGGCUUACCAACCAGUCUGCUCAGACUCUGCUGGACAUGGUAGAAAACUACCCAACGGCUUUGCGGAGUUUGGUGUUAGCUGAGAACAGCAUUAGUCCGGAGCUGCAGCAGCAGAUUUGUGACCUCCUCUCUGAGGGAGAGGAGGAGGAAGAGGUGGCAGCAGGGGCUGGUGACACCCGAGAACGGGAGAGAGGGAGGGAGCCCACUGCCCAUCAGAGGGGCAGCAGCUCCUGGAUAUGCCCCAGUGAUCCCAGCUCUCAGAUGGUGCUAAUGACGUCAGGACUAGGGGACAGUCUGUUGGCUGAGACGGAGAUGUGACCCCUACUUGGGCUUCUGCGCAUCAUUACAUUUGUCUGUGUCCCCAGCACUUUGCUCCGGAUAUCAGGGUCUGGUCCUGGGGCCUGGGAAAUAAAUAGGGGGUAAAGGCCUAGGCUCUGGCAGCUCUGGCCUUGUGGUGGGAAGCUCUGGAAGCUGUGACUGAGCACUAGCCUUGGGGGCCACUUGAACCCGAGGGAAAGCCUCUGCACUUGUUAGCAGCUCUAGCUGCAGCCCGCUGGCUCGGAAGAGAUUUUAUGAACUACA